GUUUUUGACUGGCGGCUUCUCCAUCAACAUCUGCUCCUCUCGCGAGAAAGCCAACGCGAGGCGCGCUAUUCGUAAGGUUCGCCGGAAGUGACAUCGACGCGCCAACAGAAAGCGUUCUCGUGGAUUUGUAGGUGACCGUUCCUGUUCCACUUCCUUUCGCCCGCCGAAAACGCGUGAAGUUUGACUUGUUAGUCGAGAGGUUUACGCACGAAUGACGUUUGACCGCGAGCGUGACAAUUGUUGGUUAAGCCGCGUUACGCGUUCCUAAAUUUUCACUCCCGAAAGCUCUCGUUUCCUGUUCAGUCGACUUCCAACGAUUCGAUUCCCCCGUUUUUCUUCUUUUCCGCUUAUCGUUUCCGCAGUUCGUUGGAAAGAAGAGGGAAAGAUUCGGAAGCAUGUCGAACAUAAUUCGUCUGGUGGUGAACAACUACAAUGAAAUCUUGGAGGUCAACAAAGAAAUGAUGGUAGACUCCUGGCCAAUGAUGAACUCGCCUGGUCCCAUGCUGUGCAUCGUUGGAACAUACUUGGCGUUCGUUUUGAAAGUUGGGCCGAAAAUGAUGGAAAAGAGGCCGGCCUUUCAACUGAACAGCCUGCUGAUCCUCUACAACGCGGUUCAAGUCCUCUUCAGCAUCUGGCUGACGCUUAAAUUCUUCGAACCGGGUGUCGCACCCCUCAUAUACUCGCCUAAAUGCAAUGCAAAUCGAUCACCCUCAGACUUACGAAUUCAAGCCACGGUGACAAAAGCUGCCUGGUGGUACUUCGUCGCGAAACUAGUCGAACUUCUUGACACGGUGUUCUUCGUUCUACGAAAGAAGCAAAACCAAGUGACUUUCCUGCACGUGUACCACCACACGAUAACGUCGAUAUUCUCGUGGUGCUACUUGAAAUUCCUUCCCGGCGAACAAGGUGCUCUGAUCGGUUUUUUGAAUACCUUCGUGCACAUCGUCAUGUACUCGUAUUAUCUGAUAGCAGCUCUUGGCCCCGAGUACAAGAAAUACUUGUGGUGGAAGAAGUACAUGACCUGGAUCCAAUUGGUGCAGUUCUUCGUGAUGCUCGGCUAUCAAUUGAUGAUCCUCGUGAUGGACUGCAAAGUACCAAAGGCUCUCACGUAUUUCUUUAUAACAAACGCGAUAAUCUUCAUUUACUUGUUCGGUGAUUUUUAUCAGAAAGCGUACAAAAAGAAACAAAUUUAAUGAGCGACGUUACGUCGCUAUCAACAAUGGGAAAAUUGGGCAAACAUUUGAUCUAAAAUUAAAGAAAAAAGAGGAGAAGACAGAAAAGGGAGAAGAAGUUCGUGUCGAAUCAGAGCGAGUGAGCCGAAUAAAAGAACAUGAAAACUGACUCUCAUUCAAAAUGAAAUUCCAGCUUCGAAUAUCAGAUGGCAUUUACAAAAAAAAAGACAAGGUAAAAAGUAGAAAAUAGAAAAG